AUGACUAUCAUAGCUUCUGUUAAACAUCCAGGAAGCACAAUGUUUGAAAAUGACAGACUUUCAUCGGACGAAACGGGAGAGAAUGUGGGUCCGAAUGGUCAAGACGAGGUGACGAUUGAGUACGAAGAAGUUCCGAAGCUUUUGUACAACGUCUCGGAUAGAGUUCCCAUCCGCCUUGCUAUUUUCUUUGCCUUUCAGCAAGCUUUGAUCUCCUUGUCGGGUUCCCUGGCUGUUUCAUCCUUUGUAUCAGACAUCGCUUGUGCGAACGAAUUCCCAGAUAUCAGGAGGGACCUUCUAAGCUCUACUUUACUGAUGAAUGGAGUCACCACUUUCUUAAUGGUCACCAUGGGGACAAGGCUUCCACUGUUCCAAGGUCCUGCAUCCGAGUACGUCGUGCCCUUGGUGGCUAUGCAUAUGAUAAAUCCGGAUGCUUGUAAUGUACCAGACGGUAAGAACCAAAUUUGCAUGUGAAACACCUGUUAACAUCACGUCAAUAAUAAUUUAGUACAGUAUAAUAUUUCUCAACAAUUUGCAUUUUCCCUGAGACAGUUUCAAGGUUGUUUGAUCCUGGUUGGAGUUAUCCACUCUCUGGUCGGACUUACCGGUGCGGCAGGUAUUCUUCUGAAGUUCGUGGGGCCUAUCACUGUUGUCCCGUCUAUCUUACUGGCUGGUAUUUUCAUGUCGAAGGCCAAUGCAAAGUUCGCCAGAACUCAUUGGGGCCUGUCCUCUGUCACAGCUGCCACCGCUCUCGUUUUGUCUCUGUAUCUCAGCAACAGGAAGAUGCCCUGUCCUGCCUGGUCGAAGAAAAAAGGAUUUCAUCUCAUCUGGUAUCCCUUUCACCAAGUGUUUUCGAUUCUGAUUGGUAUACUAGUCGGCUGGGGUUUGUCGGCUGUGUUGACGUUGACAGGGGUACUUACAGAUGAUCCGUCCAAGGCAGAGUACAUGGCCAGGACGGACGCACAAGCUGACAUUAUCACAAAGGCCAACUGGUUCAAAUUUCCCAACCCAAGUCGGUUUGGAACGCCGUCUUUCGACACCGGGGUAUUUAUUGCUUUCUUCAUUGGAACGUUUACCUCAAUUCUUGAUUCAAUCGGGGAUUACUACGCAUGUGCAAGGACGUGUAACGUGCCUCCACUGCCCCGCUAUGCAGUUAACAGAGGCAUUGCUGUUGAAGGCUUUGGUAGCAUUUUGUCAGGAAUCAUGGGAUGUGGUCAUGCUACCACUACGUACGGCGGCAACAUCGGAGCCUUGGGACUUACAAAGGUGGCAAGUCGUGACGUUUUAUUGUGGACAUCGCUCAUAUAUGUAGUGUUUGGCCUUGUUGGUAAAGUUUCCGCUGUCUUCAUAACCUUACCAGUGCCAGUUCUCGGUGGCGCCAUGAUCGUCAUGUAUGGAAUGUUCAAUGGUAUUGCCCUUUCCAACCUCCAGGUGAUAUCACUUUCGUCUACGCGGAAUCUAGCUAUUAUAGGGACCUCUUUACUUGUGGGUCUCAUGGUCCCCUACUGGUUAGAGACUUACCCGGAAGAUCUCCAAACAGGCGACGCCUACGGCAACAAUAUUGCAAAGACAUUGCUGUCAAACCCUAUCUUGUGUGGUGGAGUCUUAGCGGCCUUUCUUGAUAACACCGUACCUGGUACAGCAAAUGAAAGAGGUAUAACAGCAUGGCAGGAGCCGGAGAAAACUGGACAAUCCCAGACAUACAGUGAGGGAUUGGAAGUGUACCUUCCUCUUAUACCCGCGCGCUGGCUGUCGUGGAGAGGGAUGAGGUACUUACCCUUCUGUCAGUAUAAAGCUUCGGAGGAUAUAAAAAGUACCUCACCUAUAUGAACUAGCUUCUUGUGCUAGAAUUGAUGGAGAGACUUUGGUAACGUUACCAACAGGAAGCAGUAUCUUCUUCAAAGGGAUGCGGUAGAUAAAAUAUA